AUGAAGAAGAAUCACAGGAUUAAGGAAAAGACACCUAUGGGUUUCUAUGAUGUCCCACGAAAAAAUUUCCUGGACUUUUUACGUGAUAUGAAAAGAAUUUCUGUCCCUAAUGAACCCAGAUACAAACCUCUCAAAAAGAUUCACCGGGCUGCAAGCAAGGGUGAUGCCGAGAGACUGAAGAGAAUGAUAAAUCUUGGGAAACACAGCGUGCAUGACAGAGACUUUAAGCAAAGGACUGCUUUGCAUUUUGCCUGUGCCUAUGGCCAGGUAGAAAUGAUAAGGAUUUUAUUGAGAAAUAAUUGUGACACUGAUGCUGUUGACAGGAACUCCAUCACAGCUCUGAUGAAGGCUAUAGAAGACUGGAAAUAUAGUUGGGCAUAUAUUUUGUUGAAAUUUGGAGCUGAUCCAAACAUUGUGGACCAAAAUGGCAAUAAUUCUCUCCAUUACGCGGAGUAUAAAGACAACAGAAUACUGGCUAAUUGCUUGCUUAAAUACAGUGCAGACAUGGAACAAAAGAACAAGGAUGGCUUUACACCAUUUUUACUGGCUCUCAAGGAAAACAAAAUAGAGAUGGCAAAGUUUUUAGUAAAGAAGGGAGCAAAUAUACAUGUAAUUGAUGAGAUGAAAAGAAACACAUUAUUAUACGCCAUAAGAUGCGAUUCAAAAGAUAUGGUCAAACUACUUCUGGAUGAAGGGAUUGACUUUUUCUUUAAAGAUGUAUUUGGAUGGACUGCAUUACGGUAUGCUAUUGAAGGCCAAGUAAAGGGUGAUCGACAGAUUCUUAUGGACUAUGAGGAAAAAUUACAUAGGAAAUAUAAGGCUGUCAGUCAAGGAUACAAGAAAUCUGAUGACAAAAUAUUAUCCAAGAACCACAAUUAUCUUACUUCUGUAUCCACCUUGCGUAAAUCAAAUGAGGAUGAAAGCAAUUUUGAUGACAAGAAAACUGCUUUAGCUCUCAGCAGCCCGCCCCUGAGCUCUGAGGAAGCUCGCUUUCUUCUGAGCAACCCGAUCUUUCUUCUGGGCAAGGGACAUUUUAGGACGGUUCCACCUCUUCUUCACUUCGCUCUUGGGCUUCUUCUCAUAGAUCGGAUUCUCUUGGAUAGCAGCAUGAGCUUUCUUGUAUCGCAUGUAGUCUGCAACGUUCUGACCCAUGAUGUGCUUCUGAUGCACUUCUGCAUUGAACUCCUUGCUUUCAGAGUCAUAACCGGGGAAUUGUUUGGUACUAUGAGGGAAAGACAAGCCUCCAUCCACAGCUCCCUUCAGGGCCCCAAAAACUUUGUUGCCAGUUGUAGUUCGGGCAAGACGUGCAUCCAGAUAGCAAAUGAAGGCACCAGGCUGACCGUCAAUGCUUUCCACAUUGUACUCGUCUCCCGCCACCUGCACCUGGCCUUCGUAGAUCUUGUCCAUGCCAAACCUAUGGAGAAGCCUGCGGGCCAGCAGCAGGCCAGGGCAGUAGGCUGCAGCAUAAUUUGUCAGGCCAACUUUCACACCAUACUUUGGCAGUUCAUGUGUAUACGCUGCGCAGACUAUCAUGUCCCCUUCUAUACGGGCGUACGCAAUCUGGCAGAUGAUGUCUCUGUUGAACAAGCUGUCGAACUAGCAUCAGAAGAUGAACAAAAAAGGUAAGAUAGCAGCGAUAACAACUAGUGCUUUAACAACUUUAAGCAAGUUUGACUAAAGCAAAUUGACUCUUUAAUCACUACUAGAGAUAAAAGUGAAGAGAAUGCAGUAACUGCUAAAGAGAAAGAAGAGAAAUCUUCACCUAAUUAUAUGGAUUCACCACAAGAAUCGGAUGUAAAAUUAGCAUAGGAAAAACAAAAAUCCCAUGGUAAUGGUGAAAAAUCAUAGCAUGAUCCUCCCACAAAAAUGAAAGGCUCCAAGCCAACACAGGUGUCAGCAAGGCGGCAUGGACAAGGCUUCCCAGCAGAUGUCAACUUAAAACUGCCGACAGAGAGCCAGUAUUAUUUUGAUAGCAGUGAAAAUACCGAAUCAUCUAAUACCAUUACAUGUCAUCAGUGUGUUCCUCAUUUACCCAUUGGAAUAACUUCAACAUCCACAGAUCUCCUAAUUGAAGCGGAGAAAGCAAACUUAAAAUUGAAGAAGGAAACACUGAAAAAUCUUGAUGUCAAUGAAAAUAUUCAAUCAUCUGAUAGCGUUAUGCACCUACCACCCAGGCAUAUUCCUCAUUCAUCAACUGGAAUAAGUCAAAGAGUCAAAAAUAAUCUCAAUGGAGGAGGAGAAGCAGACAUGCAAAUGAAAUUGGAGGAAAAUCAGAGAACUAUUGAUGGCAAUGAAAGUAUUCAAAAAUCUGACAGUGUGAACCACCUUCAACCAAGGCAAACCCGUUAUUUACUGAUGGGCCUAAUUCCAAGACCUGCGGAUAUUCCAAGUAGACGAGGGAAAGACUAUCACAAGAAGUGUUAUUCACCUAAGGACCCCACUGAAAUAAAAGACUUUGAUCCAAAUACAAAUUUAGAAAUAAAGGAAAUACAAACAUUCAAAUCAGUGGUGUUAGAAGAUGAUCCAGACAUGUGCGAUGGCAGCAAAGAUAACCAACCACCGGUUGAAGAGAACAGGAAGAAACAUACAAACAAUGAAAUGGAAGAGGAGACUCAGUCCUCUGGCUGUGCAUUGGCUGCUGCUGCUCCUGAUGUUUCAACUGCUUCUGCUGUUGCCUCUAUCGUUGCUGCAGCUGUUGCUGCUGUGGCUGCUCCCUCUGCUACUGUGGCUGCUCCCGCUGCUGCCAUGGCUGCCGCCUCUGCUGCUGUAGCCGCAGUUGUCGCUGCUGCUGUUCCUGCAGCUACUGCUGCUGCUUCUGCCGCUGCUGCUGUAGAUGCUCUAUCUUCUGUAGCUCCUGGGGCUGUACCUGAGAGUUCUGCUGUACCUGUUGCUGCUGCGACCGCUGCGACUGCUGCAGCUGUUCCUGCUGCUGCUUCGGCUGCCCCAGACACUGGUUCUGCUGUGGUUGCUGCUGCUGCAGCCGCCGGUGCUGCUGCUGUUGCACUGGCUUCGGUGGGUAAAGAUUCUCUAACUGCUGCCUCUGCGGCUUCUGUUGCUGCUGUGGUUGCUGCUGCUGUCACUGCAGCAGUUGGUUCCGAUGCCCCGUCUGUUGCUCCUGCCGCUGCUGCUGUUACUGCCUUUGCUGCUGCUACUGGUCCAGCAGCAGCAGCUGCUCUUGUGGCUUCUCUUGCUGCUGCUGUCACUCCUUGUGUUCCUUCUACUACUUCGUCCUCAGCUGCAGCCCCUUCUACUGUUGCUGCUGCUACUGCUGCUGCUGCUGCUGUUGCUAAUCAUGCAGCUGCUUCGCCUGCUGUAGCUGCUGCAGCGGCAGUAGCUGCUGCUGUUGUUGCUGUUGUUCCUCCCAGGACUGCUGACACAGCUACUGCAGCUGUUGCACUUGCUGUGGCAGCUCCUUCUGAUGUUCCCACCGCUGCAAAAGUUGUGGCUGCUACUGUUACAAAACGAAGAAUGAGUCUAAGAAGAAAGUGUGUGGAAGCAGGGAAACAGCAAUCUCCUCUUGAGGAGGCAGAGGAGCAUGAUGGGAUUGAACAGAAAACAUCCAAGGGGAAAAAUAAGGUCCUAAAUCCAGUAAAAGACACAGAUGAUCUCAAUGACUUGACUCUAAUAAAUAAAUCACGCUCAACAAAAUGUGAGUUGUCAAACGAGAACACUGUUAGCCCCGCAGAAGGCACACCUGCCUUUGAUGCACAUAAAGAAUUAGCAGAGCUUAAAGAAAUCAAUACUCAAACACUCACAGAAAAAACUAAGUUGGAAAAUGAACUAUCUGAAAUCAAAGAAGAGAAUUCACAGUUAGAGAAAAACCUUGCAAGAAAGAAUAAAAGAAUCUGUACUCUGAGGUCUAUUCUAAAAACGCAAAUGGAGAAGAAAAGAAAUAUAAUUUGUGCUAAUAAUGAGAUUGUGGAGAAACUGAGAGAAAAAAAGAUGGUGGAAAGAAGAGAGGAGCAGAAAAACAGACAAGUUACAAAGAUGCAAGAACUGGAAAUAUGUCUUAAAACAAGAGAUGUGGAGUUGAAGCAGUUACCAAAAGAAAAAGAAAAUGCACAGAAGAUGGAAGAUCACCUACAAAUGUUGGAACGCGAAAAUACCUCAUUAAUAGCUACGGUAAAGAAACAAAAGGAGGAAAUGGAACAGUUGCAGAGACGUGUGCAAGACACUCACAAAGACCUGGCACAGAAGCCCAAUUUUACACAGACAGUGGCUCAAGAAAAUCAGGACUUGUGUAAGAAACACACUACAGUAAUAACUGAGAUGGAAAACACAAUCAGAAGUCUGCAGUCUGAAGUCUCCAGUGUUAAAACUUCUAAAGCAUUAAGCAGAAGAGAACUGGAAAAAUACAAGCGAUUCUAUCUAGAAGAACUAAGAAAUAAAAACUUCUUAUUGCAUGAACUAAACAGGACAAAUGAGAGUCAAGAAGAGUCCCAUACAGAACUUCACGUGAAAUUUGAGGAAAACAUUUCUGUAUCAAACACACUGAACACAAGGCUUGUUAAUGAGUGUCCUUGUGUGGAAAAAGCUCAGAAAUUGGAAAACAAAGAUUUCUUUCCAGGAGAAAACUUGGUGGUGCCAUCCUCAAACACAGGACCUACUGAUGCCUGUAUGGCACACUGCCCGUGGACGUCUGAAGAUGAUAUGAGAGAGCUACAUAAAGUACUCAAUGACUUAAAUCAAUUCACACAACUUAGUUUGGAGACUCAGAAGAAACAAAAUGGUGAAGUAACAAAAGAACUAGCUGGAUUGGGAGAAUCCUUUAAGAUGGCAGAUUGUGGACAUAAAACUGGAGAAUGUGGUUCUCUUGGAGACUUUAAAACCUACCAGCCUGGAGUGAGCACUCCAGCUACAACGCUGGGGUGCUCGGAACAAACAACAACUAAACCACAUUCAGAAUUCUUAAGGGAAAGCUGUACAAUUUCAUCAGUAAAUGAAAUGGAAACCAAAAUUAGAAGCCUUAAAUCUACACUGUCUAAACUGAAAGUUAGAAAAGCAUUACGUGCACUAGAACUGGAACGCUAUAAGUACCUCUAUUAUGAAGAAUUAAGCAUUAGAAAAUCAUUUCAAUAUUACUUAAACAAGAGUAACUCAGAGAAUAUCCCGACAAAACUCCACAUGGAAAUGGAGCACAGCAGUUCUGCAGCAAUUUCUCAAAGCAUAAAGCCUUACUCUGAGUGCUCUUCUCUGGGAUGUUUUGAUCGCAUCCCAGGACCUAGAAGAAAUUUGCUCCAGGGAGAAGGCUUGACAGCAUCUCCCUCACCAAAUAACCCGGAAAACUGCCUGGACAUGGUUGGCCAUCCUUUGAGUUUACAGUUCAGGUAUGCAACAAGAGUCCCAAUAGAAUUACAGAUAGAGAAGCACACAAAGCCAGUUUUCAGACGUGAGCAGGCUUCCAAGACUGGUUUUACUUUAACCAGUUUGACUGAGCUCUCUUGUGACUCCAGUCAGUGGGAACUCCAGCACUCAGUUUUUGACACCACUGAUAAAUAUCUGAAGUCCUCAGAAGAAAACUGGCACCAUGUCGUUAUCUAUACUGUGUGUGCUAUGAGUGAAGAAGUAGAGGAGUCUGUCACCUUCAAAAAGACUGACACCAGCUACCUAACUACAGUUACUUUGUUCAAACAUUAUACAGGGUUAAUUGGGGUUGGACAAGGUUCCAACUCCCAAAGUUAUCUUGCUAGUGUCGGUGCUUCAGAUUCUCCAGAGAGACAACACUUCUUCAGUGUUCAGUCUCCAAACAGUUUUCAGCCUCUACUGAUUGACCCAAACAUAGCAUAG